GUUCUAAGUCAUUUAUAGAAGCUUAUACAUAAUUUAUAAAAUGUAUUUUGAAAAUUUAUCCUCCUAUUACAAUAUUUUGAAUUUUUUUCAUUUUAAUGGUAAAAUUUCUUAACUAUGUUUACUUAGUGUAGAAACCCCUAAACUAAAGAUUUACAGGUAGUAAUAGUAACUAUGACCUAUCAAAGUUUAAUUUAUUAAAUAAAGUUAGUUUAGGGAGUUUUUCGUUAAGUACUUAGUUUGAGGGUUUUUACCCAAAAAAAAUUAGUUGUGGUGUUUUAACGUUAAAAUUCAUUAUUCUUUCCUUAUUGUCUAUUAUUUAAAUCCUUAUAGUGAGAUUUGUUUUAUCAAAAAUCAGUUGCAAUCAACUGAUGAGAUAUAUUCUUUUCUAUUAUCAUGCAUUUAAUAUUUAAAUAUAUAUAUAGCAAGAUUUUAGUUACCAAAAUUUUGUAUAUAUUAUAACCAGAAUAUCUUUAAAAAUUUAUUAGAAGAUAUUCUAUUGCAUAGCUGAAUUAAAAUUUAUUAGAGGAUAUUAUAUCUCAUAGCUUCUCUUGAAAACUAGGUCAUUUAGAAACUUAAACUAAUUUGCUAUAUAAAUAUCACGCCACCCUCAUUAGUUAGUUUCACGCAUCUAUCUUUUAAGUUUUCAUAUGUUUUUGAUCGUUAUAAUUUAAAUUCUAAUUUUGUUGAUAUUGCGCAGGUGUAUGAUAAUCAAUAAGUAACUCAUAGACGGAAAUAGCAUUAGUGGUAAUUUUAUGGAGGAUUCUUCUUCUCUGUUUAUUUUUGUUCUCUUCCUCUCCAUGUUGUAUCUCUAUCUAUAUUUUUGCACUAGUAGUGAUUCAACUAACAAAAAAUGACGACUCUGUUUAUCCAGGAACUGAUCAUCCCUUUCGAAAAAGGUAAUUCUUUUUUUUAUAAAGUUAAAUCACUUAUCAAAAAUAUAAUAUAAGAUAUGUAUGCUAAUCAAGUGCAAUUUAUUUAUUGUGCGUGAUCCUCUUCGGUACGUCUGAGAGCCAAAGUUAAUAUCAAAACUUUUUAAGAACUUUGAAACUCAUUGAUGUCGUCCUAUCAAUUAUAUAAUUUGUUAUCUUUUGAGAAUUGUUUACAUCUUUAAAUAUUUUUGUUAGAAUAACCUCUACUAUGACUCAAGACUUAGAGAAGAAAACCGUAAAUCAUCUCUGUUGUUACAAUGAAACCAAUAAUAAUAAAUCUCAGGUAAUUCAAAUCUCUCUUUUAUAUUUCAUGGCUGAUUUUUUAUUGGAGUUAUGCGUGAAAUAUUUGUUUUUUCUCGAUUAUAUAUUUUCUGAUGUUUUAAGAUUAGUGUUAAAUGUGAUCGUUAUCUAAACAAACUAAUGUAUUAUUUGUUAAUAUGAACAUAGUAUAAAUAUCAAUAUGUAACAUCGAAUCUUUCAUAUUAACCAUAUACAUGUAACAUAAGUAUUAUAUAGUUGUAAAUAUAAUAUAAAUUUAACAUUAAUGUUAAUGCCCGCACAUGCGUGCGGACGGUCCACCUAGUUCUUAUUAAUUGUUAUGUCAUAUUAUGAAAUAGUCUUAGUAUGACUUUUUUUAUGGUAGAUAAAAAUGAUACUUCUCAAGAUAGAUCAUAUAAAUAUUUCUAGAUAAAUUUCACUCAGCGCAGAAUAUGGGUUAUCAUCUAGUAUAAGUUUAUACGUAAGAACAUAGUCUGCUAGUAGUUUUUGUUGAUAUAAUUAAUUUCAAAUUUUAAGAAACAUGGAUCCUAUUAGUAUUAGUGUGUGUUGUUUUAGUCAACCGUCUGAUUAAUAAACGAGAUGUUGAAUUACAGAAAUAAUUUUAGUUAAGGAUAAUCAUAAACUUUUGAUAAAAAGAAGGAUAAUCGUAAACUUAUUUAUUUAAGAAUAUAUUUAUUCUUUAUUCAAAGGAUAUUCUUUAUUUAAGAAUAUAUUCAAUAGUGAGCAACAAAAUUUACAAUAGUGUGUAUAUAUAUAUAUAUAUAUAUACAAAGGAUUGCUUAACGAUUAAAGUAAAGAUUGCUUCCUUUCUUCCCCUAGUGGAAAUAUGGCAAAAAUCUGCCACAGAUGUACAAGUACGACAGCCGUGAUCCAUUGCGUUACCGAAACUCAGAACUUCUGCCUUACCUGUGACUACCUGAGGCAUUGUGAACGUGAUGCUGCAGGACACAUUCGUUACCAAAUUUGUGAUGAAUGCAUGAUCAAUCCAGCUUUACUCCUCUGCUCCAACCACAUGAUCGUUCUUUGCCAAUCCUGCUAUUCACGUCACUACAACUGCGUCGCCUAUGGCCAUCACGUUCAAAUCAUCAAUCGAUUUCCUCAACAACACCAUAACAACGACAACAAUUAUGGUGGGAAUGAUCAUUGUAAUGGGAAUUAUCAUGAGCAUGGUAAUGGGAAUGAUCAUGAGCAUGAAAAUUGGAAGGAUCAUGAUCAUGAGCAUAAGAAUCAUGUGGGUGACAACGAGAGAAGAAAAGGGAUGCUUCAGAUGAUCUGCAAUGGAAAUAACAGUUGCGAGAUAUUGUCUGCAAUGGGAUGUGAAUCAUGCCUAAAGGCAGACGCUGACUCUUUCUGUCCCCAACACAACAAGUUUCUAUGCUACAACUGCGACAUAAAGAUUCACCUUCCCGACGCCGUGCCGCCCCAUUUGAGAUGUCAGCUUUGCGUGACCUGCAAGAGACUUUCUCCCACUUUUCUCGUCGGAACGUAUCAUUUCAUUUUACCACCGACACAUCCUGCAGCGGUAGCCAAGGAGACCUACACGCCGGCUCCUCAUCCUGCGGCAUUCGAAUAGGUCAUCGGGCCGCAGUCAACAUGAUCGCAAUUUUUUCUAUUUUAUUUUGAAGUCCUUAGUUUCAGGGUUCUGUUCGGAUUUUAUUCUACGGGUAAUGUUAGUUUUCAUUUUGACAUCAUAACAAAUUUGCAAAAUUCGAUUGAAUAACAAAAAGAAUAAAUUAGUUACAACUAACCCCAUCUUGUAAAGGGAUGGAUAGAGGAUCGAUAUGGUCUUCUAUUUUUUAAAAUAUAAAUAUUAUCGUUUAUAGACAAUUUAUAGUAAUUUACAGUAUUAGGUUUAGCUGAAAGUAUGGUCUCUCAUAGAGUGCAGAAUGUGACUUUUGAGAUAGAAGCUUCAGAAUUGGUUGGAUCUCUAAAUAGACCAAAAGCCUGGCCAGCUUUUCGAGCGUAUGGAAUGGAAUUAAGAGAAAUGCUGUGUAAUCUUAUAGAUUGGAAGGUGAAUCUUGUGACGAGAGAUGCUAACAGGGGUGCUUUUCUGAUUGCUCGAAGCGUGACAAAGGAGAUGAGAUUGCAGUCAUAUGUGGCCCAAGGUAGUCCUUUUUGGUUACAGGGUUGCUUGCGGAGGAAGGUACGAGGAUCAACUCCCAAUAGGAGGUGGUGAACUUGUGAAACUUUUUUUGGGUCUAUGUGGUUUUAUGGGAAACUAUGAGCUUUAGGUUUUUCAUCCUUAACCUAGAGACCUAUUUAGGGUCUCUUAUUUUUUCUUUAAUAGUAAAUGUGAGUUAAGAAACUGUGCUAAGAGACGGUAACAUUUAUGUGCUCCAAUACAAGUCUCUAAAUUAAAGAUUCUUAAAAAAAAAUUAUUAAAUAUUUUUUUAAGUAAAAUUUAUUUAUUAAAUAAAAAAUAGUAAAAGAUAAUAUUUUAAACAUUGAUUUUUAAAUAAAAACAUAAAAACAAAGAUUAGUAAAAUAAACGAGAAUAAUUUGAAAGAAACAAACGAUGAUACAAUAUUAUAUAGAAUGACUUUGAUCAAACGAUGAAAAAGAGAUUGUUGUAGAAGAUUUCAUGAGCUCGUUUCAAAAUAUCAUUCUCAUUUUGCCCGCUAGUUUUCUCUCGAGUUGCGGUUUCAACCGCGCCACAAAACUUGCAGACGGGGUCGUUCAUUUUGUGCCAUGGCAAAGCAAGCUUUUGUAAGACUCCAAAAAGCAUGCUCGACAUCUUUUCAGAAGAACAUGCUUUUGAUAUUUUACAUUGUUUAGUUUGAUCCGGUUUUUAAUUUGGUUUAUGCUGAUUGAUCACUUGGACUAAGAGCUUGGGAUAAUGAUGCUCUUAUGGCUUUCUUUAUUUUCACGCAGCUUCUUCUUCAUUUGAUGUAAUUGGAACACAUGCUUUGUUUCUGCAUUAUUCAAUAUUUUCAGAGUUAAACAAAAAAAAGGUUUAGUGACAAUUUUUCUUAUGUUACAACUGAAUUUUUUGUUUGUUAAUUGGAUUAUAUUGUCAAGAUCAUCUUGUUAAAUUUAUUACACAUAAUAAAAACACAUAAUCAUACAUUAAAAACAAACAUAGAAUACUAAAAGCAAAAAAAAAAAAUCACAUAUACAAAAAUAAUUGUAGACUACCUCUUUGGUUGUCCACACCACUAAGGAAAAGAAGAAAGAGAAGCCAGUCCAGUGAGGUGAAGAUAUGGUUGAAUCCAAGUGAGGUAGCUUGUAACACUUCAAUCCAGACACUAAGUUGAUAAGUUCAGUGAAAUUCCUAUGACCUAUGGUUUGACCAUGAGUAAAUAAAGCCUAAUAGUUCGCUUUUAAGACCUUUUAUUCUUAAGUAAACUAUAUUCUGUGAUUCAUGUGACAGAAUCUAAACGUCUAUAUAUUAAAGUCAAUAGGAUAAACAAAUCUUUUAUUUAUUUCACAAAGGAUUCAUUACAAUGGGAGUUUGCCGUAAGGCUAUUACAAAGUAAACGAUCCAAAUCACUCUAUCAAACUAUCCAUCCAUCUUUGGCUUCGAGUCUUCACGGCUAAGCCAGUUCCUUUCCACGAUCACUUACGGUUCAUGAAACUAACAAUUACGUAAGGAAUCUAUCGAUAACUUAAUGAGUUAGGUUUCAACGCAUGCAUCUUAUGUUCGGAAUCUUUCUACGUCUAACCCGAGUUUCCCUUAUAACUCUCGACUUUCACAGUCAACUUGGCAUGCCAGUUAAGUUCGGUUUUCAGAUCUAGAUCGAUCCAACUAACUACCAAACCAUCCCAAAACGCUCAUACUUUGAUCAAGCUUAUCGGCUACGAUCCUUGGUCUAUCGCAUCCCGGCCUUAAGCCAUGGACUUCGUGAUCAGACCGGCUUACAGCCCUGGUCUAUCGCCCUAAUUCCCUUCACUUGCCUCCCACAAAUACGUCUUUUUCUCUUCUUCUUCUUACAAACUUAGAUCUCUCUCACUCUCUUUUUUUGAAACUAACUUAGAUCUCUUUUUUCAAUUAAAACAUGUAAGUUGUGUGUGAUGCUAUUAUAGUUAUGCAUUUAUUAUAACUUUUGUUUAGUUUAGGUUUUGAAAUUUUAUAAUUAGAGAUUUUAUGGGCUAGAAAUAAGUUACAUCUAUUAGGUUGUGUUUGAUUUAGGUUAUAUUUAGAUCUACUAUGUUAGAUUUUAUGAUAGAUGAGUUUUAUUUGUGUUUGAUUAUGUAAAUUUUGCUAGGUUAAUUAUAUUUUUGUUUUUCUAUUCAUAAACGUGUUUAAUUGGCUAUUACUAAAUAAAUUGUUUUUCAUCAAAGAAGUAUAUAAAUAUUUUUUUUCCAUUUCUGUUCUUUAACAAAAAAAGCUUGUGAUAUAUAUUUUAUAAAAAUGUUUUAUCAUGUAUAUUAAUAAAAAAUUGUAAAUUUUUUAAAAUGAAAUUUCAUUUAAACUUUAAAAAAAAAAUUAUUUCGAAGCAUUUUUGAAAUAUGGUUUUAAUAUGGUUUCAAAAUAAUUUACUAAAAAAAAUCUUUGAAUGUAUUUAGAAAUAUAUCCUUGAAAUUAUAUAUACUUCAAAAAAUUUCCUUAAACCCUUUUUAAAAAUAAAUAUAAAAAUUUCUUAAAAGAUUAAGAUUUUGUACUGUUGGUAUUAUAAUACAAGAUUAUUGUAUAUUUAUAUAUUUUCUUAAAAGUAUAUAUAUUUUUAGCCAACGAGAAAUAUAUAGUAAUUCUAGCUAAGAAAUGAGGUAUAUUAAAUUUGUAAAUUUUGAAUUAUAUGUGUUAGUAUUUCUUUGGUUUGAAGUUAUUUUCCAACCUUUGUGGACUUCUUUCUGUCUCGGUGUGAUAUUACCAUUUGAGGAUUUCUCACCUUCUCAGACCUUGCAUCAUUAAAGAACUUGUUCAAGAAAGCAGUCUUGGAUCGGUCAUGGUAGUAAGAGAUCCUGGCUACAGAGCUUGAGCCAGUAAGCUCCUCCCCAAAUAAAGAGUAAGAGAACAGCUAGGAGAAAAGGUAGUUUACAUAGACUCCAUUUACUUUGAUGCUUGAUGCCAUGUGUUUGAACCUCUCAAGAUGGUCCAUAAGAUGCUCGUGAGAAGAAAAAUGAAAAAAAGUGUUGACCCAUAAGAGUGAAGUAUGCGGGUUUCAGCUCAAAAUUAUUCCUCUUAAAUGGUAAAGUUCGAAUCGCAGACCUGUUAGCAUAUAACUAAUCAUGCCUAUUGUAAUCUCCGAGUUUUCUAUGUUGAACAACUCCAGCAUUUUCAGCAAAAAAAAAAUUCAGUGGGAAUCAUACUCACCAUUAUCAAGCCUCAGCCUGGCCUCAGUACGCGCAAGACCCUCUUGGUCUUGUAGAACUCCUUGUGCAUCAACCACUAGCAUAAUCAGAUUGACCAUCUCUGCAGUUUCGGAUAGGGUGUCGACUGAUACUGGGUGAUGUCGGUCUAUGCUCCUGCAAGAUUGGUGGUGUUCGGUACUCUUGUGGUGUCGCUCGACACUGAUUUUUCAGCCUUGCGGUUUGUGCGUUCUAAGUCAGAUAUCUCAUGAUUUGAAAGUUCCAAAAGCUUUUUUUCCUUGUUGCUUUUGGUACUGUCAUGCAUGCACCUGAAAAACAAGAAAAAAAAAGUAAGUAAUCUAAAAAAAUUCUAGUCUAAAUCCUACACCUAAUCUAAUGGUUAAUUAAUCAGAGUACCAAUCAACAACUGUCAAAAAUUGAUAAGCUCAAAUUAUGACUUUAAAUUACUAUGCAAUUUCAGAAAUGCAGUGCAGUACUUAAGGGUCGAAUCCGCAAAGAUUUUACGUUUACUCAAUACACUUGAGUUUCAGACUAAGCUAGAUCAAUAAUAGAAAUCAAUUAAGAAAGGAGUAAAUAAAUCGGUUUGUAAGACAAAUGGAAAAGCGUUGGAUCCAGAAAAAUCAAACAUGUAAAUCAUAAUUGCAAGUCAAACAAAUGCUAAAGAAUUACGAAGAACAGUUCUAGAGCUUAAAUCACAAUAAUUAAAUUAAUCAGCUUUCGUUGCAGAAACUAUAUAUGUAUAGAUCCUAGCAUACCAAAUCUCUUUGUCAAUUCAUAGAUCUGAUAAGUUCACUAAAUCUACAGACCAAAUUUUUUUGUGAAUAACUAUUUAGUUCAUCUUGGAUAGUUUCAAGAAAUCAGUAACACUUUAUUGUCUACUAAUUAUACUAUGAUAUAGAUUCUAGUUAAUUACUUAAGAACUAGCGUAAAAAAACAGAUGAAAAAAUCAAUAGUUAACCGUACCCUAGUAAUUCUAUCAACUUAGAAAUCCUAAACCCUAGGUUUGUGAAGUCGCCCACUACUGUUUGUUUUUUUGGUUUUGUUAAACAGGUAAUUCCUGUUUUUGGCUGUUGAAUCGGUGAAUAAUCUUCGUUUGAAUAGGGUGAUGCUUGAGGUUUCCUCCAAAGGAGUAUAAGAGUUAAUCACCAAUUCGAUAAGGGUGCCUCUGGAUUGGCUGGUGUUGAACAACCAGAGGCGGACCCAUGUGGAGAGAAAGGGGUGCAGCUGCCACACCUUAAAAUAUAUAAAUGUAAUUUGUUAAGCUAGUAAAACUGAAAUUCUUUAGUUCUGGUGGUGAAAUCCCAUCGUCUGACACCCCUAAAACAUGGGUUCAAUUCCUGCUUGAUACUCAUUUUUGCUUCUUUUUUAAUAUAGAUUUCAAGCCCAUUUAUUUUAUGACCCAUGUUUAAAAUAAUCUUGGGUCCGCCACUGUGAACAACAUAUGUGCUCUCGUGCACAAUGCAGGUAAUUAUCACAUCACAGACUUUGAAUAGGGUCAGUGCCGUCCCAUAAUUUGGGGUGGCCUAAAGCACAAAAAAAUAAAUUGUGUGGCCUAAUAUAUAAAUACCAACAAUAUAUAGUAAUACACUAACACCAAACCAGUAAAAAGUGUAAAAUGUAAUCAAAUGGUUAAAAUAAAAACUAUAUUGGACAAAAGAAAGAUCGAACUAUGG